GACGGGGAGGCGCGGCCGCGCGCACGCCCGCCCCCGCCGUUUUUGCCGCUCCCGCCCGGCGCCGCGCGCAGGGGCUGUUGGCAGGCGCCAUGGCGGCCGCGCGCAGCGACAUGGCGGAGCCGCGGGGGCCGCUGCCCGGCGAACCCGCCGCCGCCGAGGAGGAAGAAGCAGCAGCAGCAGUGGCGCCGCCUGGGGCUGGAUCCUCGCCGCCCCCUUCAGCGGAGACGGAGUCGCUGCUGCUGCUGAACGGCGAGGCGGAGAGCAUGUCGGAGCCGAGCCCGGAGAGCGCCAGCCAGGCCGGGGACGGGGAGGAUGAGGACGAGGAGGAGGAGGAGGAAGAGGAGGAGGAGGAGGAGGAGGAGGGCGGCGAGGAGGAGGAGAGCAGCCUGGUGGGCAGCAGCAGCACGAGCAGCGGCUGCUGCAGCGACGAGACGCGGUCGCUGAGCCCCGGCGGCAGCAGCGAGGCCGACGCCAAGGAGGAGCCGAAGGGCGGCCCCGGGGGCGGGCUGGGCCGCGGCGGCAGCAGCUCCAGCAGCGUGUCCAGCGGCGCCGACGAGGGCUACGGCACCGGCACGGGCGGCGGCAGCAGCUGCAGCGCCGCCUCGGGGGGGCGGCGGGGCAGCCUGGAGAUGUCCUCGGACGGGGAGCCGCUCAGCCGCAUGGACUCGGAGGACAGCAUAAGCAGCACUAUUAUGGAUGUAGACAGCACAAUUUCCAGUGGACGUUCAACUCCGGUUAUGAUGAAUGGACAAGGAGUUCCUGCCUCCUCCACAAAAAGCAUUGCUUAUAACUGUUGUUGGGACCACUGCCAUGCUUGCUUCAGCUCCAGUCCAGAUUUGGCAGAUCACAUUCGCUCGAUACAUGUGGAUGGUCAACGAGGAGGGGUGUUUGUUUGCUUAUGGAAAGGUUGCAAAGUAUAUAAUACACCUUCAACAAGUCAAAGUUGGUUGCAGAGGCAUAUGCUGACACACAGCGGGGACAAACCUUUCAAGUGUGUAGUUGGUGGGUGCAAUGCCAGCUUUGCAUCUCAGGGAGGACUUGCCCGACAUGUGCCCACACACUUCAGCCAGCAGAACUCUUCAAAAGUUGCCAGCCAGCCAAAGGCCAAAGAGGAAUCUCCAUCUAAAGCUGGAAUGAAUAAAAGAAGAAAGCUGAAGAACAAGAGACGACGAUCAUUACCAAGACCUCAUGACUUCUUUGAUGCGCAAACACUGGAUGCUAUUAGACAUCGAGCCAUUUGCUUUAACCUCUCAGCACAUAUAGAAAGUUUAGGAAAAGGCCACAGUGUUGUAUUUCAUAGUACUGUAAUAGCUAAAAGAAAAGAAGAUUCUGGAAAAAUAAAACUCUUGCUUCACUGGACACCAGAGGACAUUCUGCCUGAUGUGUGGGUAAAUGAAAGUGAGCGACAUCAGUUAAAAACUAAAGUAGUUCAUUUAUCAAAACUACCAAAAGAUACCGCCUUGCUUCUGGACCCAAACAUAUACAGAACAAUGCCCCAGAAGAGGUUGAAGAGGUAAAAACCAAGCAAGCGGGGACACCUGCAGUCUUAGUCACUGACAAUGGAUUUAGAAAUAAAGUUGCACAUUAGUCAAAUCCCAUCCUUUUUUUUUUUUCUUAGAUAAAUAUUUAUGCUUAGUGUAAACAUUCUGUGAAUGAAGUUGAUGCUUCCGUGGAAUAUAUUAAUAUAUUACUGUAUAUCCACAUUUUCAUGGAAUGGUACAGUGGGAGACUGAGCAAACACUCUUCUGGCAACUUAGUGGAACAACUAAAAAGGCUUUGCAUGCUUGCUUCUUUAAGCUGCUUUUUUCUUUAGUGAAUACAGUAGUUUAUAUUCGAUGAAAAGAAAAAGUAACCAUCACCAUUUACUCACAAUUCCUGGGAGAACUGUUAACAAGCUAUUAGGCUUCUUGUCAAGGUUAACUAAAUAUAGCACAUGCCAGACAAUAAAACAGCUACCAAGGGAUUAUCCUGUUGCCCUUUGAGUAUGGUGGAUAGUAAUCAUUUGUCAUUUGUAAUCUCGUGUACUUUUGCAGAUCCCUAAAAUAUGUUGGAUUAUAAUGUUUAAACAAAUGUUGAUGGAAUGCUUGUCUUUUCCAGUCAACUAUGAAUACAUAUAGUACGGUUUAAAGAUGUUAAGAGUGUUGCAGUAUGUCUGACCCCCUUUACAGGAGUAGUAUAGUACAUUAAUGCGAUCUGCUUUUAUGUGAUCUGUAUCAAUGGAUGGUUUUUGAAAAACCUCUACUUAAGCAGUUAGUGUUAUUGGUGUUUUAUUUCACUGUUUUGACCCUUUAGGAUCCCCAUUUACUUGUAAAGUAUACUUUUUUUAUUUGGCCUCAUGUUUUCUAGAUGUAAAGAAAAUGGUAUUUUUUAAAAAAAUAAUCUAGAAAUUCAAUCCUUUAUGCACCAAAGUUGGCUUUGAAAAGGAAAGUAAAAUCAUUUUCUUGCUUAAUAAGCAAGAAGCCAUGGAUUUUUUUAACUGACAAAUAGAGAUGUGUCUAACCUGUUAGUCUUUGUAUGGAGACAAAAAUGCAUAUAGAUAAUAGGACAUUGCUUGUAAAUAUUUCAGCAGAUUUGUAAUAUAUUUUUAUAUUAUGAAAUGUACUGUAGAUGUUUUUCUAGAGGCAUGAAAGUUAAAAUGUAUAUAUUACGGUAGAAAUAAUAUUGAAGGAUAUUGUAAUUCACUAGUGCUGCCAGAAGAAUUGUUUAAAAAAGCACCUUCCUUAACAAUAAAAAGAAGUCUUCUUUUGCAUACCUAAGGGACUAUAUACUACUGUUAAUAUCUGUUGUAAGAACAAAAAUACAUUGAACAUCCUUCCCAGAAAUCUUAGAGGGAUGAAUAGUACCCAUAAUUAAUUCAUGGCGCUCCUUUCUAAUAGUGAACAUGAAAUCAGUUUUUUCCUUACUAUUGGAAGGAACUAAUAUGUAAAAUUUGUAUGGAUAUAUGCAGUCAAACUGCAGAGUUAGUCCUCCUUAUUGGGGAGGAAUUUACUACAGUGAAACUAAAAACCAGCAGUUUUUACACUAAAUUUUUAUUGAAUAGAAUAAAACUUAAAGUAACCCUUUGGUUGCAGAAGUAAGCAUAUCCUAAAGAAUGCAUUCUGCAUUGGUACUGACACGAGAGUCUUGCUUAGCUCCAGUGGGUUAAAAAUGUUACAUAUAUACACAGAAAAGAAAAAUCUUAUCAGACAAAAUGAAGUGCAGAUUAAAAGCACUGCUAAUAUAAGAUGUUCUGGAAUGGUUGUUUAAUAAGGGUAUUAUUCAUAAAAUCUGUAGUGAUGUGACUUUAUUUUUGAAAAAAUGCAGUGGUUUUUUUUUUUCUUUGCUUGAGCACUUCACCUACUGCUUUUUCUGUACCUAUAAAGUAAUCCAUAAUCUUUGUUUCUUUUUUGAAUUUGUUAUAAAAUUGCCAAAUAGAAGUGUUUCAGAUAUAGUUUGUAUUUGUAUUUUUUUAAUUUUAUUGCUUCAUGAGUUUCUUGUAAGUCAUUUAUAAUUGACAGAUGAUUGUAGACCUUGCCUGAGUAUUUUUUCUAAUAAAACAAAGCAAACAAACCUAAUUAGCUUCGAAAUUGUAAAAUUUCAAUGGUGUUUUCAAGGAUAAAUAUAAAAAUGUCACUAUCUUUUUAUUUCCUCUGUAAGUAGUAAAAGACAUAUACCCUUUCAAAAUGGGGAAUUCAUGGAUUCAAUCAUGUACUGCUCAUGUAGUCUAUAACUUUUCCUGGGUUUGAUGAAAGUAUUAUCUGAUGUUCUUGUGGUACAGUUUCUGCCUUGGAAGGAAAAAUAUCGGUUUAAGUUAAAUAAAACCUGAACAAAUGGAUACAUUGGAAUUAAACUUUCCAUAGUAGUCAGAAGGUAGGUGGACUUCUGGCUUGUUUUUACCUUGAAGUUUUAUCGAAGUAAAUUGCUAAAACUGUUUGAAAGGUAUUUGUAUUCCACAAAUUAUUUAAUUUCUUGGUGGUGUCUUAUGUUUCAAAUCACAGUCAUGUCUCUCUAAAGGUCUGCUUCAGUUUUUGCGUGUGUCAAUGGAUGAAUUUCAGUUUUAUUAGAGUAUGAGAUACAUUGAACUGACACAAGUGUGCUGGGAGGCAUGGAUCACUUCGUUCUGAAACAAAAUCUUACUGUUCUAAUUGUUAUUCUUAAAAAGAGUUAAUGAAACAAUUGGCCCUUCCCCUUUUGGGUAGAUUCACAUGCAUUCUUUCAUGAUUUAAUGCAGAAAUUUCCCACUGUCUUUCUCAAGUACAUUUUUUUUUUUUUUUUAACUAGAUUUAUCCAAAUACGUAGAGAAUGCAUUCCCUCCCAGCUGGAGUCUUUAUUGUAUUUGUAGAGAAGUGCCACCAGGACAAACCUGUAGCUAUUUUCCCCUAAGCUGCAGCCCGUUUCCAGGCUGUUAUAAUGAAUAAUUAUAUAAAAUCAUGAAUUUGUACUCUUUUGCUUAUAGAUUUUGUAUUAUCUUUUACACAUUACAGAAGGUGAGCAAAAGAAAGUUGCUAAUUUUACAGUUAAAUUAUGGCAAAAUACCACGGAGUGUGUAUUCCACGAGGAGAGGUUGAAGGGGGCUGGACAGGUUCAGCCUGGAAAAGGAAAGGAUUUGGGGGAACCUAACAGCAUUCUUCCAGUACCUAAUGAGUUACCAAGAAGGUGUAGCCAAGCUAAUUUAAAACUGCACAUAGCAGAAAGGAUGAAUGUCAGUGGUCAUAAAUUGAAAUGUGAGGGGUAUUUUUUUCACUAUGAGGAUAGUCAAGCUUUUGGAACAGAUUACUUACAGAGAUGCCAGAAAUCAUUUCUUAACAGUUUUUGAGAUCUAAGUAAAGGCCUGAGCAACUCAGUCUGAAUUCAGUGGUGUUAGUAUUGCAUUAAGCAGGAGGUUGAACCAGAUGCUCUAUUUUAGAUUUUCAGUGUGGCUUGUGAAUUGAUUAUCUUCAGAAACCAGUAUUAUUUAGUACUCCAGUCAGAAAUUGAUGAUAUUUCAUCACAUAAUGCUUUCUCGCCUUGACGUUUUAAACUUGAAUGUGAACAUAUCAUAAGCGGUUGUCUUGCCGCAUUAAUGUAUGGCAUGUACAUGUAAUGUACAACAAAAAUAAAAAUGACCUCAUCUGGAAAGAUGGCUUUUAAAAAAACAGCUGAAUCUAUGGUUUCUUUCAGUCAUUUUCUGUAAGCUGUUAAGUAGACAUUCUG